UCCAGAGAUGCCAGCCAUGACUUCGUCGAAUUGUUUGUUCGCUUUGCUUGUCGUCUUGGCUGUAAAAAUGCAAAAUGAACGCUGUAUGGCGGUGGGAAAGAGCGGGCCUUCAAAUUUUCAGCGUGAUACGUUUGUUGAUUCGGAUGCGCCUGCUAAUUCGAUGUCUACAUGUGCAAUGCGGGCAAGUUAUGCUAAAAUUCUACCAAGAGAUAUGCCCUCGCCGUCCUGUAUAUCUCUUAUAGUCAUCGAACAGAUCGAGUGUGCGGAAGGUGUAAAUAAAGUGCAAUGUAACCAAUGCACGGAGAACGUGGGGGACAAAAAUGCAGCGGUUCCGACGUGCUACCAGACGUUCGCCAAUCAUUGGGUUCCAUUACUAUGUCAAGGUGGAUUACAUUGGAUUGCCAUCAAAGUUCCGUCAGGAUGUUCAUGCUUUAUACGUCCUCCUGUCCAGAUAUAGAAAUUAGAUUAAUACUAUUGGGUGGACAUAUAGAUAUAUAUAAUAUAUAUUGACAUUUAUUUAAUUUAUCUCUGGUUGCCUCAACCGAAAACAGUUACUUAUUGACGAUUCGGAACAAAUCGUGUUCCUUCCUCAGAAUGAUAUGCUGGCUGACGUUGUUAUCGAUGGUAUCACGUGAUCAUAUAAUAGUGUCAGGUCCCAAACGUGUUAUGAUUAGAGUCUCACGCCAAUGUAAAAUACGAUUAUAAAAAAGGUGUUGACCUACACUGUAUGAGAGACUAACCUUGUAUUCACGAAUGCAACUAACGCCUGUCGGCUACCGGAUUAAC